AUGUCCAGCAAAUACGACACCGUCAUGUCGCUCCUCUCCGAAGCCGAGAAGAAACGUAUCUUCUGCGUCUGGAUGAACAGCGAAGCAAUCAAUAUCAACUGGGACAAAGUGGUUGCAGACUAUGGUAGCGGAAAUGUCGAAACUUUCAGGAAGAGGAACCGGGAGACAUUUUUGAAGGUCCAGAAUGUUCGUGCAUACAAGGAUGGAGGUGGAAAAUUGACGCCAUCUCCUUCUCCAGAUGCAGCUGUUGGGAAGCCUCAGAAGCGUAAAGAGUGUGCUGGAAAAGCGAGGAUCUGCAAGGCAAAGCGGGUUCGAAAGUCGAAGAGCGCGAAGGCAGAGAAGGCCGAUUCGGAGGGCAGUUCGUUGGGCGAUCUUGGUCUGAAGGACGAAUGA